CGUAAACAAAGAAAAUUCCUCUUCAAAUUGACUGAAAAUCCCGUGAAAAUCAUGGCUUAUAGUUCCGAUACGACACACAGCUCCGAUUCCGUGUACAUGAACACGAUGGGCGGCACCACAUAUUUCUUCUCGUCGCAAACGGAAACGCUCGAAGCCACAAUUCCCGAAGAGCCUGUGGCAGCAACGACAGAACCGCCCGCAAUUGACUUGAAACACACGUAUCCGGGUCCCGCAAGUCACGUAACGAAAAUCCAAACGACAAAUCCGCUCUUUAGCUCGUUCCUCACGAUCGACGAGGUGAAGCAACAGCUGCUGAAACGCAAUGAAAUCACGAAUACACUGCCGCCGACAAACACCUCGCUGCCUACGGAACUGGAUAACUAUCAUUCGCUCGUGCCGCUCGAAACGAACACCAUCGGUCAGAAAAUUCCGCAAAUCGCAUCGACUUUCAAGGCUACCAACAGUGUCGAUGGGAUGCGAUAUUGCCUGCGACGCUUGCACGGAUGCCGUCUUCAAUCGCUAAAAACGUUCAUGCAAGUCCUCGAAAAGUGGAAAAAACUCCAAAGUUCCAAUAUCGUGAAAUUACGCGAAGUUUUUACGUCAAAGGCGUUCGGUGAUCAUUCCCUAAUCCUCGUUUAUGACUAUCAUGCGGGUGCGGAAACCCUUUUGAACCGCUAUUUUCGCAAUCCUGAGACGGGAGCGGUGGGCAGCUUUUCCGACAGAUACGCUUCGUCACGCAGCAACAACAAAAAUUUGUUGUACGAGAACGAACUUUGGUGGAUUAUCAUGCAAUUGACGGCAGCAGUGCGAGUUGUUCACACAAAUGGACUCGCAUGUCGAACUCUAGAUCCGACAAAGGUAAUUUUUUCCGGAAAAAGACUUCGUUUAAGCUUCCUAGGCGUAUCGGAUAUCGUUCUUUUCGACCCGAACGAGUCGUCUCCCUUCAACGUGAUCACACAUCACCAACAAGAAGAUCUCACUUCACUCGGAAAAUUGAUUCUCGCAUUGGCUUGUAAGAACCUGCAGAGCAUUCAGCGUGACCGGAUCCAAAGUAGCAUUGAAAUGGUGUCGCGCGUUUAUUCAAACGACUUGCGACACUUGAUUUUAUAUCUACUUUCGACCAAUGAGCGAAGUAUUUCGGAGUGUAUGCCGAUGAUAGGAGCUCGUUUCUACGUCCAAAUUGAUGCGUUGCAGACCCAAACUGACAUUUUGGAAGACGAACUAUCAAAAGAAAUGGAAAAUGGAAGACUUUAUCGACUACUCGUCAAAUUAGGAUCCAUCAAUGAACGCCCGGGACUUGUUGAUAUGUCAUGGUCUGAAACAGGAGAUCGUUACAUGUUGAAGCUAUUUCGUGACUACGUCUUUCACACAGUAACCGCAGAGGGCAAACCCUGGCUCUGCAAUGCCCACAUCGUUCAAUGUCUGAACAAAUUGGAUGCCGGAUCCGAUGAAAAAGUACAAUUAGUUUCGCGUGACGAGCAAUCGGUGCUUGUGGUGACCUAUAAUGAGCUCAAAAAUUGCCUGGAUCGGGCUUUUCAGGAGCUGCUGGAUGCUUCGUAUUAGAGAAAGAUCUCUUGAUGGAUUUUUUGUCGAUUUCAAGAUAUUAUUUAUUGUUUGAAUUUUUCCUUUUUUUUAUAAAACAAAUAAUUUAGGUCAAAUUUUCCUGUUUUUAAUUGGAUUUUUUUUUAAUAAACGGCUAUAAACUUAA